AAAACUUUAAAGUCACGAAUAAGAAAAUUUAACAUAAACAGAUUAAUUAACUCUACAUUCCAAAACGAUUGUCAGUUAAUAAAAAGAAAAGUUUUAGGUUUUACGAGUAUCAAACUUAUUUCAACACUCAACGAAGAAGCAUUGAAUAAUUUAACGCAGACAAUAUGGGUCGGUGUCUAGCUACAAUUCUUCUAGCUAUUUUUGUUCCAUUUUUUAUAGAGAAUUCUAUAUCUUUACCAAUUGAUGAACAUCGAUUGGCAAUAUCAGAAACUAAAUUUGGUGAUAAUAGAACUGUGGAAAUAAUUCAAGUGCAACCUAAUGGUACAAAAAUUGAGGCGUGGAUAGAUGUGAAGAAGUUUUCUGAUGGUGAAAUAAUAAAAACGACAAAAACACUGACUACAUAUAAUGACAAUAGCACAAUAACAGAGGAGGUGAAAAUUCAUUUGCUACCUAAUGGUCAAAAAAUUGAGGAGAGAAUACUGAUAACUAUAUGGAAUGAUAGCACAGUUAACCAGACCGAAAUAACUAAUACGUUGUCUGAUGGUUCAAAAAUACUUACAGAGUAUCAUGAAGUAUACAGAUAUGGUGGGAAAGUCGAUACUUUAAAAGUGAUACCAGUCACUGUGUGGAGAGGUGAAAAGUCAAAGCAAGAAGAAAAAGAUGUUGAAGAAGAGAAAGAAGCAUUAGACAAUAAUGGUGAUGAUGAUGAUAAAGAUGAUUUUGAAGAUUAUGGUUAUAGAGAAAUGGAAGGAACACCUGUAACUCCUAUUGAGUUAGUAGUCUCAAGUGAUAUACAAUAAAUUUCCAUUAAGUACUAAAGGAUUUUAAUUAAUAAAAAAUUAACAUAAUUUACAUACACAAAAAAAGUUAUAACUACUGUACGGUUUUAUUAAUUAUAGAUAUUUUAUGUAUUAUAUUCUACAAUUUGAAUCACAUAUUAUUAUUAACGUCUAAUACAAUCCUUUUUAAUAUUUUUAUUACUAAAAUUUUGUAAUUUAACAUGAUAAUAUUAAAUAAAUUUAAAAAUUUAAUUAUGUUUAUUAUAUUUUAUAAAUACAAUUAUGCCAUAUGAAUUUCAUGUCAAAUGUGAAUUAUGUCAAAUGAAAUUUAUGUCAUAUGAAAUUUAUGUCAAAUUAAUUUUUCGUCAAAUGAUUUGAUAUCAAGUGAGAUUUAUGUCAAACGAAAUUUAUUGGGGUUUAA